GGCUCCUGAUUGGCUGCUGCCUGACUGUCGGCGUUAAAGCAUCUGCGGCUCGCGCUGUGCCAGCUGUCCUCCCGCACUCGGCUAGUGCUGGGCAACGGUGUGAGUCUCCUGCUGAGGAGGAUCUGAGGAUCUGGAAGAAAAAGGGACUAUGGCUGCCAACGUGGGGUCGAUGCGUAUCCUCAUCAAAGGAGGGAAGGUGGUCAAUGAUGACUUCACCCAGGAAGCAGAUGUCUACAUUGAGAACGGCAUCAUUCAGCAGGUUGGAAAGGAACUGAUGAUACCAGGCGGAGCCAAGGUGAUUGAUGCCUCCGGAAAGCUGGUGUUGCCGGGUGGAAUAGACACCAGCGUGCACCUCCAGCAGACUUUCAUGAACGCCAGCAUUCAGGAUGACUUCUACAGUGGGACAAAGGCCGCACUGAUGGGUGGUACCACCAUGGUGAUGGCUCUGGCCCUGCCUGAACAACACUGCUCCCUGCUGGACACCUACGAGAAGUGCCGAGCUCUGGCUGAUGCCAAGGCGUGCUGCGACUACGCUCUGCAUGUCGGGGUGACUUGGUGGGGGCCGAAGGUCCGUAGCGAGAUGGAGACCCUGGUGAGAGAGCAUGGAGUGAACUCUUUCCAGAUAUACAUGGCAUACAAAGAUAUGAUGAUGCUACGAGACUCUGAGCUCUACCAGACGCUGCAGACCUGUAAGGACAUCGGGGCCAUCGCUCGCGUCCACGCUGAGAAUGGAGAGCUGGUGGCAGAGGGUGCCAAAGAAGCUCUGGAUUUGGGCAUCAGUGGACCGGAGGGCAUUGAGAUCAGUCGACCAGAGGAGCUGGAGUCUGAGGCUACUCACAGAGCUGUCACUAUCGCCAACAGGGCUCACUGCCCGAUCUACCUGGUGAAUGUGUCCAGUAUUUCUGCUGGAGACAUGAUUGCUGCUGCUAAGAUGCAAGGUAAGGUGGUCCACGCAGAGACCACGGUAGCUCACGCUGUGCUGAACGGGAUGCACUAUUACCACCAGGAGUGGGCUCACGCUGCCGCCCACGUCAUCGUCCCUCCUCUCCGUCUCGACCCCAACACACCUAGCUACCUCAUGGGCCUGCUGGGCAAUGACUCUCUGAGUGUCGUAGCAUCAGAGCACCGUCCAUUUAGCACCAAGCAGAGAGCUUUGGGCAAGGAGGACUUCACAAAGAUCCCUCAUGGAAUGUCUGGAGUCCAGGACAGGAUGAGUGUCAUUUGGGAGAGGGGAGUGGUUACAGGAAAAAUGGAUGAGAAUCGCUUUGUGGCAGUGACGAGCUCUAACGCUGCAAAGAUCUACAACCUGUAUCCACGCAAGGGUCGUAUCAUCCCCGGGGCUGAUGCUGAUUUGGUGGUCUGGGACCCGGACGCAACGAGAACGAUCUCCGUGAGCACUCAGGUGCAGGGCGGAGACUUCAACCUGUACGAGGGGAUGCGCUGCCAUGGUGUUCCCCUGGUCACCAUCAGCCGAGGGCGUUUGGUAUGUGAGAACGGCGUGUUCAUGUGUGCCGAGGGAUCCGGAAAGUUCUACCCUCAGCGCACCUUCCCUGACUACCUCUACAAGAAGAUGGUCCAGAGAGAAAAGACUCAGACUUAUAAAAGGGUUGACAGGGAUCCCUACUCCGGUGAUGUGGCCAAGGUGGCAAACACUAUGAAGAAGGAGCUCGGUUUGGGCCACAUAGACGGAGAGGCGUCCAACAAAGCCUGUCCUCGCGCGCACCAGGGAGUCCGAGACCUCCACGAGUCCUCCUUUAGUCUCUCAGGUUCUCAGGUCGAUGACCACAUCCCCAAGAGGUCCUCGGCCCGGAUCCUGGCCCCUCCCGGCGGUCGCUCAAGCGGUAUCUGCUGAAAGAGUAAAUGUGCCAAUGUGAAUCACCCGUGCAACACCCACACCCAUGCAUGAAGAGCACCCCAUGGAGACGGAGGAGUUAAAUCUCUCCACAGGCUCACAACAACUGGUGCUGUUUUUUUUACUAUUGCCUACGACAACGUUAUUUAACUGUUGGAUGGUUUUGUUGUUUUGAAGGCACUGUGACUGGUUGUGUGUUUGUAGAUUCUUGUUGUGUUGGACAGUGAACCUGUUGAAUCUGUAAGUGGCUGCUUGUUUCUUACCACAUGUUAACAGCAAAAUAAAAUAAUAAUAAAAAUAUCAACUUGA